GUUUCAUGCAGUGGAUGUUCCAGCAUGGGAUCCUCUAAAACUACCUACACCGAAACAACCCACCCGAACCAACACCAAAAUAAAGAAUCCCCAACAAGAAGAGGAAGAGGAGGAAGAGGAUUGCCCAAUGGAAUGGAUUCCAUUUUCAAAACGCGAUUCAACCGCGCUGGAGGCUGCUUUUAAGCUGAAA